CUUCGAGAUAACUAGCCACGGAGCUCCGGGUUUGUGGCUGGUGCCCCACUGUGGCGCAGUUCAAAAAAAGUUCCCGCCGUGGAGGUUGCGAGAUGCUUCAUCUUUGACUUUGACUUUGUCGAGAAUUGUGUUCAAUUGAGGUCUUAGGAUUGUGCAGCUGAAAUUCGAGCAACUGCUACCAGGCCCUAUUAGCACUUGCAAUCGUAUCUCCUGAUCUCCGAUCUACGACCGCUCCUCUCGAUAUCUACUCCCCCGCCAACCCCGCCAUCAUGUCGUCCAAGUCCCAAUUGACCUAUGCCGUUCGCGCCGAGAGCCACCCCAACCCUCUGGCUCGCCGACUCUUCCAAGUUGCCGAAGCCAAGAAGAGCAACGUCACCGUCUCCGCCGAUGUGACCACCACCAAGGAGCUCCUGGACCUUGCCGACCGCCUGGGCCCCUAUAUUGCCGUGAUCAAAACCCACAUCGACAUCCUCUCCGACUUUAGCGAAGAAACCAUUACCGGCCUCAAAGCCCUCGCCACCAAACACAACUUCCUCAUCUUCGAAGACCGCAAAUUCAUCGACAUCGGCAACACAGUCCAAAAGCAAUACCACAACGGCACCCUCCGCAUCUCUGAAUGGUCCCACAUCAUCAACUGCUCCGUCCUGCCCGGUGAAGGCAUCGUCGAAGCCCUCGCCCAAACCGCCCAGUCCCCGGACUUCCCUUACGGAAGCGACCGCGGCCUCCUCAUCCUCGCCGAGAUGACCUCCAAGGGCUCCCUCGCCACCGGUGCGUAUACCUCCGCCUCAGUGGACUAUGCGCGCAAGUACCACAGCUUUGUGCUGGGCUUUGUGUCGACGAGGGCGCUCGGUGAGGUGGAGAGCAGUGUUGCGCCGGCGGAGGGUGAGGACUUUGUUGUUUUCACGACGGGUGUGAAUCUUUCGUCCAAGGGCGAUAAGCUGGGCCAGCAGUACCAGACGCCGCAGUCGGCUAUCGGUCGUGGUGCGGACUUUAUUAUCGCUGGUCGGGGUAUCUAUGCUGCGCCCGAUCCCGUUGAGGCUGCCAAGCAGUAUCAGCAGCAGGGUUGGGAGGCGUAUUUGGCCCGUGUGGGUGGUCAGUAGAUGAUGGAUUCUAUGGAAGCAUUAGUCUGGGAACAUUGAGUCGGUAUGAAUUAUGGAUUAAAAACAUAUAGAAUUGACUAUGACACAAACAUCAGAUCGGCUGAUCCGCAAUCAUGUCCAACCUAAAUUUCUUUUAUGUGACGUUUAGCAAGUUCAUACAAUGAAUGAUCAGUCUACGGAUGUUUUUCAGCUUUGCAAGG